CAAAAGCCAUGUGGGCUAAGUCCGGGUCUUAAGUUAGUACAGUUAGUUGCAGAUUUUUAGCACUAUUUUAAUUUUAAAUUGCUUGCACUUAUGUACGUUGAGGUAUCACCUCCUUUCUUGAUUCACUGAAUAAAAGCUUUAAGCUUUAAGCAUACUCUGCUCUGUUUUCUUGUUGUCACUAUUUCAUUGCCAUUCUCAAGUUAUAGGCUUGUGAAAAGCCAACAUUUGGUAUCAGAGCGAAUCUGGUAUAUGCCCAAGUAUCAACCUCGUGAAAGAUGAUUGGCAACAAUAAUCACUUUGCACUAUCCGAUGUUAACAUGAAGCAACUACGGGGCAUGGGCGAUUAAGAUGAGAGUCUUUAUGCAAGCUCAUGGAGUCUGGAAGCUGUCGAACCAAGAACACAAAAUACCAUGGUAAAAGCAAAGAAAGAUAAGAUGGCAUUAGCAUCCAUCUACCAAGGUAUUCCUAAAGACCUUCUGUUGUCAUUGGCGGAGAAGAAGAAGUCCAAAGAAGUGUGGGAGGCACUUAAAGUCAUGUUUAUGGGAGCAGACAGAGUGAAGAUUGCUAGAAAUCAGACAAUAAAGGCUGAAUUUGAAACCAUGAGCAUGAAGGAGACAGAAGUUGUUGAUGAAUUUACCACGAAAGUGAAAAAUAUUGUAAGCACUAUGCGAUCCCUAUGUGAUACGGUGGAUGAGUCUUAUGUGGUGAAGAAGUUGCUUAGAGCAGUUCCAUCUAAGUUUGUUUAAAUUGCUUCCACACUUGAACAAUUUGGAGACUUAGAUGUGAUGACUGUUGAAGAAGUGAUCGGAAGGUUAACAGCUCAUGAAGAACGAAUAAGAGGCCAUACCGACAGCAAAGAAAGAAAGCUUUUGCUGACCCACAAAAAGUGGUCAGAAAGAAACAAGAAGAAAUUAGACAACAACAAAUCGAAUUAGGGUGGAUUCGGGGGUUCUCGAGGACAGGGCAGAGGAAGAGGAAGAAAUGGUGGUGGUCGUGGCAAAGGUGGAUCACAUCACCAGAAGAAAAGCAAUCAAAAUGCAUCAAGUAGUCAUGAUAAAAGUGACAUUCAGUGCUAUAAUUGCUAAGAGUUCGGGCAUUAUGAAGCUGAAUGUAAAAACCCACGAAAGGAAUGAAAUCACGAAAGCAAUCUGGUACAAGAGCAUCACGACAACGAGCCAGCCUUGCUGCUAUCAACACUAGAAGGUGGAAGCAUGGUGUUCUUGAAUGAAGAGAAUCUUAGUCCCCAAUUGCAUACGCACGGUAAUCCUCAGAAACUAUCUCGUACAUGGUACCUUGAUACAUGUGCCGGCAAUCAUAUGACUGGUGACAAGACUAAGUUUAGAAGCAUAAACUAAAAAAUUCAUGGAUUUGUGAAAUUCGGCAAUGAAUCGAAAGUAAUCGAAGGCAAAGGCUCUAUAGUAUUCAAAUGCAAGGAUGGUGGGCAUUGAAAACUGGAUGAGGUAUACUACAUACCUGAUUUAUGUAGUAACAUAAUUAGCCUGGGCCAAUUAGCAGAAGGAGGAGACGAGAUUAAGAUCAAAGACCCAUUUUUAUGGGUUCAUGACUCAAUUGGAAAAUUACUUAUGAAGGUAUGAAGAUCAACCAAUAGACUCUAUAAGAUAGAGUUAGAAGAAGCUACUACAAUAUGUCUUGCUGUAGUAGUUGAUGAUCCAACAUGGUUAUGGCAUAAGCGAAUGGGGCACAUAAACUUCAAUUUAAUGAAGCAGAUGAUUGACAAGAAGCUGAUCGAAGGGAUGCCACAAAUAAAAAUCCCCUCACAACCCUAUGAGGGUUGUUUGGUGGGAAAAAAAACAAGGAAUCUAUUUCCAUCUCAGGAAAACUUUAGGGCGAAGAAGAAGCUUGAACUAAUCCAUGGUGAUUUAUGUGGGCCAGUCACUCCUCCUACACCCUCUGGGAACAUAUACUUUAUGUUAAUUGUUGAUGAUUUCAGUAGGGUAAUGUGGGUGUACCUGAUGAAAUCUAAGGAUGAAGCUCUACAAGUGUUUAAGAUUUUUAUAAGCAAUGUAGAGAUUGAAACAGGGGAGAAGGUGAAGGUGGUCAGAACCGAUUGUGGGGGUGAGUUCAUGUCAAAUGAAUUCACUAAGUAUUGCAAAGAAACUAGGUUAAAAAGGCACUACACGUCUCCAUACUCUCCACAGCAAAAUGGAGUAGUAGAGAGACGUAAUCAGACUGUCUUGAAAAUGGUCAGAUGCAACUUGAAGACAAUGGCAAUGCCUGAUGUACUAUGGGGAGAAGCUGUAGCACACUCUGUUUAUGUUCUAAACAGAGUUCAAACGAAGGCCUUGAAAGACUUGACUCCAUAUGAAAUGUGGAUUGGGAGAAAGCCACAUAUUGAUCAUCUUAGAGUAUUUGGAUGCGUGGCUCACAUGAAAAUUGCAAAGGGGCACUUACAGAAGUUAGAAGAUAGAAGUAUUCUCCUGGUUCACCUCAGAGUUGAAAAGGGAUCGAAAGCAUACAGGCUUUUAGACCCAGAUACGGGGAAAAUGUACGUAAGUCGUGAUGUUGUGUUCGAAGAAAAUCGGGCAUGGACGUGGGAGAAGAGUGAAAAGAUUAAAGCGACACCAAGAAUAAGCUUCACCGUCGAAGGCUUUGAUUUCGUCAGAGAAGUCUAUGAUGAUGAAGGAGAAUGGGUACCAGACUGGAUCAAGAAAGUGGGUCGUCAUCUACUUGGGCCAAUAGUGAGCAGUCAAAUAUUUCGGGUCACCCACAAGUAAGCCCACCGGGUAGUCCGAUACCGAUAAACACCCCGGUCACACCCAAUUCCCCCAUUACGCUUGAUUCAUCAAUUCAAUUGUCGACUCCGAGCACCGCCUCGAGUUCUACUGCGGUGGUGCCCCAAAACGGUUCAGGAUGCUCACAAACCUAUACGAAAGCAAAAAUGAGAUUCAUAUACCCCUUGAGGAACUUAUGUUGAUACGAAACGAUGAAGAGCCUUCAUCAUAUAUCGAAGCCAGUAAGUAAGAAAAGGGAAUGGCGAGAAGCAAUGGAUGCUGAAUUAGCUUCAAUUGAAAGAAACAACACCUAGAGUUUGGUCAAUCUUCCAAAGAAUCGAAAGGCCAUCGGAUUAAAAUGGGUAUUCAAACUGAAGAGGGAUCCAAAUGGGAAAAUUGUAAAACAUAAAGCUAGAAUUGUGGCGAAGGGAUAUGUUCAAAAGCACGGGAUCGAUUUCGAUGAAGUAUUCGCACCAGUGGCUAUAAUCGAGACAAUCCGGCUUAUUCUAGCUUUAGCAGGUUCAAAUGGGUGGAAAGUGCAUCAUCUGGAUGUCAAGUCGGCAUUUUUAAAUAGGAACCUAGAAGAAGAAGUCUAUGCCUCGCAACCAGAUGGCUACCAGAAGAAAGGUGAAGCUCACAAGGUUUACAAACUGGCUAAAGUUCUCUACCGGCUCAAACAAGCCCCUAGGGCUUGGAAUGCAUGCCUGGAUCAACAUUUGAAGAGUCUUGGAUUCACGAGAUGUGCUCACGAGUACUCAGUCUACACCAAGAGGUCUGAUGGAAACAUCUUGAUUGUAGGAGUGUACGUAGAUGAUUUACUUGUGACAAGAAGCUGCCCUAAAAGUGUUCAGAUGUUCAAAAAGGACAUGAACACCAAGUUUGAAAUGGGUGAUCUGGGGUUCUUGACUCAUUAUUUGGGAAUUGAAGUGAACCAAAAAGGAGAUAGGAUUACAUUGAAACAAGAAUCCUAUGCCAAAAACCUGCUUGUCAAAACAGGUAUGCAAGACUGUAAUCCCACAAAGACUCCAAUGGAACACAAGCUCAGACUUCGGAAGAAAGAUGAAAGCGAACUAGUAAAUCCCACUGAAUAUCGAAGCAUUGUUGGUGGCUUAAGGUACCUAACUCAUACUUUCCCAGACAUCUCUUUCGUUGUUGGAAUUGUAAGUCGAUUUAUGGAAAAGCCAACUGUGAAUCACCUUCAAGCAGUGAAGGGUAUACUCAGGUACAUAAAGGGCACUUUGAAUUUCGGUUUGAAGUACUCAAAAGGAAAGGAAAAUGUCACUCAAAAGCAAAUGAUGUCAAUGAUCGAAAAAGCACAGGUGGCAUGGCGUUCUACAUGAAUGAAAACUUGAUCACAUGGGCAUCACAGAAUCAGAGGUGUGUGGCACUCUCUUCCUGUGAAGCAGAAUUUAUGGCUGCCACAAUGGCAGCCUGUUAAGGAAUUUGGCUGAGAAGGCUACUCAGUGAGAUAACAGGCCAAAAGGUGCCACCUGUAGAGAUGAAGGUAGACAACAAAUCAUCUCUUGAUCUGAUGAAGAAUCCAGUUUUCCAUGGCAGAAGUAAGCACAUAGACAUCCGUUUCCAUUUCAUCCGAGAAUGUAUUGAAAAUGGAGAUAUACAGUCACUCAUGUAUGGAGCAAGGAACAGAAGGCUGAUAUCCUAACCAAGCCAUUGGGAAAACUGAAGUUCGAGGAGAUGCGAAGUCUUCUUGGAGUGUUGAAGGUCUGUUUUCGUGAAUCGAUUGUCCGGAGGAAUUCCAACAUAUUUGGGCAACAUAACAUCACUGCGAUAUAUGAGUCUGGAGAGCAACAUGUUCUCUGGAAGUGUUCCACCUGAGCUUGGAAAACUAGAAAAUUUAGCAACCCUGGUCCUUAACGCAAAUAAUCUCUCUGGCAAGUUGCCCGUGGAGCUCAAUAACCUAACCAAUUUGAAAGAACUCCGCCUAAGUAGCAACAACUUCACUGGAAAGCUCCCAAGCCUUGAGAGCUGGAGUCAUCUUGAGAAACUAGAGAUAGAAGGUAGUGGUCUAGAAGGACCAAUACCUGAAAGUCUUUCCUUCUUGAGCAAUUUAACAGAACUACGAAUUUCUGAUUUAAGUGGAGAGGGCUCACAUUUUCCAAAUUUGAGUAGGAUGACAAGCAUGAGUUUGUUGGUAUUGAGAAGCUGUAACAUAACUGGGAUGAUUCCAGAUAAUAUAUCAAAUAUGUCCCUGUUGAAGCAUCUAGAUCUCAGUUUCAACAAGCUGAAUGGUGAUAUACCAGACGUAAGUCGACUGAAUCUGGAAAAAAUGUAUCUGACAGGUAACUCCCUAAAUGGAAGUGUUCCAACGUGGAUCAAAAAUAAAGAUGUUAAACUUGCAGUAGAUCUUUCCUACAACAACUUUAAUGAAAAUGUUGUGCCAUCACCAUCAGUUUGUGUUGGAAAUCUGAACUUAUAUAGAAGCUACUCUAGUGGGAAUAACUCAGACCUUGGAAAGUGUUUUAACAGCCGUCCUUGCUUGCAGAACUACUCUUCAAUCCAUAUCAAUUGUGGUGGGCCAGAAGUUACCAUUGGAAAAAAGACUUAUCAAGCAGAUGAGGAUCCAGGUGGACCUGCAGAAUUUGUUCCUUUGAAUGAUCAUUGGGGAUAUAGCAGCACAGGAAGUGUAUUGAAUCUUAAUGACAAAAAAUAUAUUGCUACUAAUGUAUCUGUACUCACUAUGAAAGACACUGAACUUUACACAAACGCUCGCCUCUCUCCAUUGUCUCUUACUUACUAUGGUCGAUGCUUACAAAAUGGAAACUAUACGGUUACUCUACAUUUUGCAGAGAUAAUUUUCAGAAAUAAUCGAUCUUAUCAGAGUCUUGGAAGACGUGCUUUUGAUGUUUAUGUCCAGGAGGUAAAUCGAUUCAAGAAUUUUGAUAUCAAGAAUGAAGCUGGUGACGUUGAUAAACCUAAAAUAACCAUAAUAAAAAAUAUUCGUGUAACUAAUGGAACAUUAGAAAUCCGGUUCCAGUAUGCUGGGAAAGGUACAGCAUUUGUCCCUGAUAAGGGAGUGUUUGGGCCUCUGAUAUCUGCCAUUUCUAUGGAAUCCGAAUUCAAGGUUCAAAGUCAUGGUAAAAACUAUACAUAUGUUGCCAUUGGAGUAGUGGCUGCAGUAUUGUGCCUCAGUCUCAUAAUUCUUGGCAUCGCAUGGAAGAUGGGUUAUAUAAGGAGCAAAAACUCAAGAGAAAAAGAUCUAAGAGGAUUGGAUUUGCAGACUGGUGUAUUUACAUAUAGACAAAUCAAGGCUGCCACUGACAAUUUUGCUGAUUCAAAUAAACUUGGCGAGGGAGGUUUUGGAUCCGUCUACAAGGGUACACUAUUAGAUGGAACUCUAAUCGCUGUGAAGCAACUCUCUUCCAAAUCAAAACAAGGAAACCGCGAAUUUGUGAAUGAAAUAGGCAUGAUAGCUGGUAUACAACACCCUAAUGUUGUAAGGCUACAUGGGUGUUGUGUGGAACGCAAGCAACUACUUCUUGUGUAUGAGUACAUGGAGAAUAAUUCUUUAGCACAUGCUCUAUUUGAGCAGUAUAACUAUAAGUUGGAAAUUGAGUGGCCUACAAGACAAAGAAUUUGUGUGGGAAUUGCAAAAGGCCUGGCUUUCCUGCAUGAGGAGUCCGUGCUAAGAAUGGUUCAUAGGGACAUCAAGGCGACUAAUAUUCUCCUAGAUGCUGAUCUUACUCCAAAGAUCUCAGAUUUUGGCUUAGCAAGGCUUGAUGAAGAAGAGAACACUCACAUCACGAAUAGAGUUGCUGGAACUAUAGGGUACAUGGCACCAGAAUAUGCAUUAUGGGGAUUCCUGACCUACAAAGUAGAUGUAUACAGUUUUGGGGUUCUUGCACUGGAAAUCGUUACUGGAAAGGACAAUAUGAGAUAUACGCCACAUGAAGAUUGCUUUUGUCUUCUUGAUUGGGCUGUGGUUCUGAAACAAAACGGGAGUUUGAUAGACUUGGUGGACCCACGAUUGGGUUUCGACUUCAACAAAAAAGAGGCAGUGAGAAUGAUCGAAAUUGCUCUAUUGUGCACUAAUGAGUCCCCAACUCUUAGGCCUAUCAUGUCUGAAGUAGUUAAUAUGUUGGAAGGCCAUACCGAAAUCGAGGAACCAACUAUGAAUGUGAUCACAUCUAAAGACAAAGUCGGGUUUCAAGCACUUGCUGAGAAGUUUGAAGGGAUGCAGUCACAUGAGUUUGAUCAAACAGAUACAUCUAUUAAUCCAACAUCUUCCAGCUCAAAUGACACCUAUUUCGGUAGUCAAAUUUCUCAAACAUAUUGACUCAUACUCGCAUAAGCACCUUUUGCAAUGGAGUUGCUAGUAUACUAGUCAAGUUCUGUACACUAUUAUAAAAAAGAAUCAACCAGAAUGUACUGGAAAAUUCUACCAAUAAUUGUUGGAGAAAGACAUUGAAGACAAACGAUUACUUUGAUUGGUUCUA